AUGGAACCUAGCAUUACUAAUUGGAGGUUUCAACUUGAGGUUGUCCAACAACCUAUUCAUGCAAGAAUGAGCGGAUUUGGAGAAGAUAGGGGCAGAAGACUCAUCUCCCCAUUACCGUUUGUGCGCCUCCGAAUCCUUGAUGGAAAUAAACCGAUUAAUAUUGAUUCGAUCGACGCUGGUUUCUUCAUAUUACAAGCCAACUUGCACGAAUUUCAAACAGGUCUCGAGGUUACGUCGGUGUACCUCAUCGGAGAGAAGUUUGCAAAUGGCCAAAAGUUGGAAGAUACUUCGGGAAAUAAAGAUAUAUGGUUCGUUUACAAAGAUUUGAGUGCAGGGCAGUAUAAACUUGGGUUUUAUGCCUAUAAACGUGCUAGAAUCG